AUGGAGGUGCGGCUACGUCGAGCGGAGCUGCGGAAGGUGGAUUUAGAGCUGAAAUUAGCGAACAGCUUUGAGAAGGUUGAGUUGGCGAGACGCGCGCUGGAGGAAGCGCGAGCGAUUCACGAAAUGUAUAAAGUUGAAUUCGAAGACGCCCAGAAAGAGUUUGAAGAGCAGCAAGAGCUGGUGUACGAAGAGCUCGAGCGAAGGGAAGAAGAAGCAAAAGCGUUACAAAUGGCGUCGAUGCAGGCGGCUGCGAUCAAGCGUGCGGACGAGUGCCGCCAACGCGCAGACGCCGCGUUCAAACGCGGCGACAUCGGCGAGGCAGAACAGUUGUAUUCUCACGCCAUCGCAGAGCUCGAAGUGAGCGGGAUAACGUUGGUCGACCCAUCUCAUCUUUGGUUACGAAUUAAUCGCGCGACGGCUCUAUUUGCGCUCGGUCACGUUCGUGAAUCGCUUUCAGAAUGCGAGCUCGUGCUGAAAGUUGACUCCAAUCACAUUCGAGCGCUUUCGCGCGCUGCGAAAUGUUGUUUGAACCUUGAGGAGUUAGAGCGAGCGGAGCGCUACAUAGAGUUCAUAUCGUUAUCUCCGGCAGCAGACUCAGCAGAUUUGAAAGACGCGUUGUCGCAAAAAUCUACACUCAUUCGCGCCUUCGUUGAGCGAGACAAAGUGGCUGGUAACGAAGCGUUUCGAGACGACGAUUUCCACACCGCGGCGCGAUUGUACUCUUCGGCGUUGGAUUCCUUGGACUCGAUGUAUCUUUCAGACGUUGCAAAGGUCAAGGUUGGCUUGUUAUCGAAUAGAGUAGCGGCUUUGAUGAUGCUGGGUAACCCUCUUCAGGCCGCUGAAGACUGUUGUGCGGCGUUGAAGAUCGACAAAGCGCACCUCAAAGCUCAAGUUCGUCUGGCGAGAUGUUUGUUACAGCUCGGUCAAUUCGACGAGGCGCGUCAAGAGGCGUCCGAUAUUCUUAGUAACGGCGUGUCCACUGCGGAGCAACAAGUUGAUGCGCAGCAAGUGAUAGAUGACGUGGAUCGCACGCAAGAGCUCGUCAACGAUAGCGCAGAGCAACUGUGGCAGAUUGAAGACAACGGCGACGAAAGUGUCGACGCACACAGCGUCUUGCGAGUCCUCGACGAAGCUAAAGUCUUCGCGCCGCAUUCGACCAUGAUUAAAACUUUCAGAGCUGAAGGUUUGCGAUUUAUCGGAGAAAUUGCCGCCGCCGCGAUACUCGUCAAAGACGCUCCAAUUCAAGAUGUUCGCGGGCUGUGCGUACGGGCGAGAAUCGCCUUUGAGUUGGCGAAUGUAUCCGAUUGUUUAGAUAGUUUGAAACCAUUGAUUCCCGCGCUUGACCUGUAUGCUGGACGCGAUGCUUCUCAUUGCGUGACCUUCGAAGAAGUGUUGACGCCUGAUGAAGUACUGAAGCAGAUACCAAAUCCGGCAUCACUGCUUCAGAUUCUAGAGCAGGUGUGUCAAAUAAAUGAAUUGAAAGAGCGAGGAAAAGAAGCGUUUGGCGACGCGAAUUACGACAAGGCAAUUUCACUAUACACCGAGGCGUUGGGUCUGUGUAAAAAUUCAGACACGCUCCAAGCGCUGUUUUUAUCAAACAUUUGCGCAUGCGAACAAGCCACGGAACGCUAUGUCGAUGCAUUGGCUUCAGCAGGUGCGGCGUGUGCACUUGCACCAAAGUAUGCCAAAGCGCACGCACGACUUGCUGCAAUCUACACUGAACUCGACAUGGUUUCCGACGCCCAACAAACUUACGAGGCACUUCUCAUCAUGGGAUUAUCAGAGGAUGAGCGUGUGAAAGUUGAGUCGUACUUGAUGACGAUCACUGGGCGAGUGAACGCCGAGACGCCCGUAAAUUGGCGCAAACUGCUCGGCGUAGGUCCAAAGCCGUCGAAAGACGUGUUAAAGAAGAAAUACAGGCAGCUCGCACUGAAUCAUCAUCCGGACAAAGCAUCACGUGGAUGUGCAUCCGCAACACUUGCAAAGGCUCGUGUUGUUGUCUCCAGUAAGCUCUUCAACUUGAUCAGCGAAGCAUACAACAUCCUGAACAAUGACAACGCCGUCAUUAAGUGGGAAAACGCGCGAGUGCGAGCGCAGUACAAAUCGUCGCGGCCUUGCAACGAGUCGCCAACGUAUGCACGUGCGCCUUUCGGUGACUCGAACGAAUUUUACUCAAGAUAUUGA